AGAGAAUAACAUUUUAAUAUCAGAAAACAUGCGUGCUGCGGUGUGGAGAAAGUUAAUACCAGUGGUUUUUUCCACCCAGAACCCCUCAGUUUUACGUAAUUUCCAGCGCGGAAUGAGCCAAGAUAAUUCGGUGGUGCGUCUGAAGUACUAUGACCGCAAGGAUGCCUUCCUGGAGGACAGCAUUAAGGUAAAGAACCCCUUCGCCCUGUUCAAUGAUUGGCUGGAACUGGCCCAAAAGACGCCAGGGGUGGAGGAGCCUACUACCGCCGCUUUGGCCACCGUAGGAGCUGACGGGAAGCCAUCGAAUCGCUUCCUGCUGGUCAAGGACUUCACCCCCGAAGGACCCAUCUUCCUGACCAACUUUAGCAGCCGCAAAGCGGAGGACAUUACUGCCAAUCCCAAUGUGGCUGUGUCGUUCUAUUGGCUUCCCCUCCGGCGGAGUGUCCGGAUCGAGGGCGUCGCUGAAAAAAUUUCGGAUGCCGAAUCUGUAAAAUAUUUCAAGCACCGACCCCGAACGGCUCAAAUAGCCGCCAAUACUAGCCCUCAAAGUCAGGCUAUAACCUCUCGAAAAUAUCUGGAAGAUAUACAAGCUGGAAUCCAGAAGAAACUGGGAGAGGACACCGAGGUACCCCUGCCCAACUGGGGUGGCUAUCUGGUUCGCCCAUAUGCCAUAGAGUUCUGGCAAGGUCAGACGGAUCGCCUCCACGAUCGCAUCCGGUUCAGGAAGGGCGCUGGAGUGGAAUCUGAGGUUGAUGGCAAGAUAGUGCACAAGGGAGAGGAUGGAUGGGUUUAUGAGCGAUUGGCUCCUUAAUUUCUAGUAAAAUCUCAAUAGAUUUGUGCCUUUUUGUGC